AUGGUAGCAGCUUUGUCGACCUCCGCCGCCGCUGUCGCCUCCGCGGCCACGGCAACCACGCAAGGGAGGAUAACCGCCACUGACGACCAUGACGAGGACUACGACUAUUGGUCCACCCUUCCAGACGACAUCUUGCUCACAAUCAUGGCGGCGCUCGACGUCCUCAAUCUCCGGCCUUGCAGCGCCGUAUGCAAGUCAUGGAGCCGCGUCUACAAGGCCUUGCGCCUCCCCUCGCUGGAGCAGGCGCCGUGCCUGCUCUACGCCGGCGAGCAGUACGGGCCCAAUAACCUGGCCCUGUACUGCCCCAUCAGCGAUGCAACCUUCCGCGUCCCCUUCCCGGGGCCGCCGCACUAUAAGCGAGGUUUCACCUUCUCGUGUCCUAGGGGCUGGGUGUUUACCACAGACGCAGUCGGCAACCCGUACCUCCUCAACCCGAUCACUGGCGUCCAGGCAACGCUCCCUCCGGUCAACACAAUCUACGAACGUGACAACUACUACGACGAACAUGGCAGGCAUAAGCAUGUAUGGGAUACAGACCCUGAGGAAGAGGAAGGUAGCUUGCCUUGCUUUAGCUGGGCGCGACACUCAGUGUUUUUCCGGGUCGCUAUGUCUGUCGCUGCCGAUGUGACACAAUGCACCGUUUUGAUUGUGCACAUGCCAUUCGGUAGGCUAUCAUUCACCAGGCCGGGAGACAAUGAGUGGACCUUGCUCUCCGAACGUACGUUCUCCGUCUGCGACAUUCUUUACAAUGAGAGCGAUGGCUUGUUCUACAUUCUUUACGGCCGUGGUUCCAUCUGUACUUUAGAUCUGAGCGGGCCCUCACCAACAACGAAGACUAUCAUGCGCCGGGUUUUAGACGAGCCCAAGUGUAGGGAGAUGUACCUCGCCCUUGGGGUAUCUGGUGAACUCCUGCAGGUAUGGAGGAACUGGGAACACGUAGAUUCUCCACGCAAGUAUCGCGAUGUUUACAAAGAAAUCAUGAAUGGGGCAUGCAAGGAUCGUAUCGAUUUUCUAGGCCGAGAUGACAACAACAAGAACAAGCUAAGUGAUCUAGAAACAAAUGAGGAGGAAGACGAGCUCCAUGAAGCCAUCAGGACGGACGAAGAGACUGAUUUCUCCCAAUGGCUUCGUGAAGGUAUCGACUUGCCACAUCGGCUCACCGACGAGGUCACAACGAAUGAGAUAUUAGUGUUCAAGGUUGACAAGGAAAGGAAAAAGUUGGUGGAGCUAAAAGACAUUGGAGACCAUGCACUCUUCAUCGGGCGAAACUCCGCAGUGUGCCUCCCAAUUAAGGACUAUCAGGUGUUCGAGCCAAACUGCAUCUACCUAACGGACGACUGUAUUAACUUCGGUCCAAUUUUAAGAAAGGAUCUUGGUAUAUGGAAUAUCAAAAAGAGGAGUAUGCAGAAACUUGGCGAUGUGUGGCCAAACUUACAUCCUUGGCUACAUUUGCCUGCUCCAAUUUGGAUCAUGCCAAGGUUUUAG